AUGUCUGCACCUUUGGAUUUUGAAGAGCGCCAGCGCUACACCGCCAUCAUUGAUGAUAUCCUUGCUACUGCUGACCUGGAAACCAUUUCUCGCAAAAAGGUCCGGCAAGGGUUGGAGGCACGUCUAGGCGGCAAGGAUCUGAGUGAACAAAAGGAUGCCAUCAAACGACUGAUCGAGGCACGCUUUGAUGCAGUGUCUGGCGCAAGCCCGGACGGCAUGCCUCCCUCGUCCGUCCAGGACGCCACCUCUGCGCCGAAGCGGUCCAACGGCGUUUCCAACCACGACGAGACGGAUCCAUCCGCAUCGCCCGAACCCGUGAAGAAAAAGGCAAAGCGGUCGUCCCCGUCUGAAGACGCAGACGCGCGCCUGGCCGCGCAGCUUCAGGCCCAGGAGAACAGUCUAGCCCGCGGCCGAACUACGCGCGGCGGCGAUCGAGGCACCAAGAAGAGAAAGGCGCCCCGGAAGAAGAGCGCCAAGAAGAUCCGAGACGACGACAACGACAGCGAGGUGGACGGCAGUGCAGACUCGGGCGUCAAGAAGCGAAAGGCUGGCGGCGGCUUCCAGAAGCCGUUCAACCUGAGCUCGACGCUGUCGGAUAUCUGCGGAGAGACCCAGCUCUCGCGGCCCCAGGUCGUCAAGCGACUGUGGGAACACAUCAAGGCCAACAAUCUCCAAGAUCCAUCCGACAAGCGCCAGAUCCGCUGCGACGCCAAAAUGCAGGCCGUCUUCAAGCAAGCCCGCGUCGACAUGUUCAAGAUGAACAAGGAAAUCGGCAACCACCUAUACCCGGUUGGCGAGGAGCAGUGA